ACGUUUGUGAUUGUUUUGUUAGUGUGAGGCUCACAUAUCCUUGGUUCAAUUACUGAUGGAUUAUGGUCACUACGCAUUGGCGCUUCAAGCAAUGUAUGUGCUACCUCCGGCUAUCUGGGAUACCAAUUGCUUCCGACUCGCGAUCACGCUGCACUUGAUGCAGGAACCGAGACAGAUUGCCGAAGUCGAGCGAUUGUUGAGUGAUUAUGGCAAGACGCAUAUCACAUUGGCCAAUCCCUUAGCGCCUUUUGAUCUACCCCCUAUUCGUAUUGAUAUGCCCAAUAUGAAAAAUGUGGCCGACAGCGACAAGUAUGCGUUGUGGAUGUACUACCAAGCAGCAUGCAGCGAAACAGAGUGGGGAAAGGAAAAAGAGAAUUACGAAGCCAAGAGUUAUGAGCAUGCCCAGCAAUUGAAGCAACAGCGUCACGGACGUGAAACCCUCAAGGAUUGGGCGAUGCGACGGUUCAAGGUGGAAACGGAACAAGAUCGUUUGCAGCGCGAUAAAAUUGAAGCCGACAAUACCAUGAUUUACAUUUCGACCCAGAAUCAUCAGUUUGAAUACGCCUGGCAUGUGUAUGAGCGUAUGGGCAAGGAAGUUGAUGCCUUCACUCCGCGAGUGGUGAUGCAUCUUUCUUGGCAAGCUUACAAACAUACUCCCAUCGCGCAUGUGUCGCUGCGAACUCACUGGGAAGACCGUGCGUGGGAGCUGUACAGCCGAUUUAUGGACUCAGAAUAUCUUUACCCCAAUCAAACCGAAACACCAGGUUUUCUGGGUGAUCUUCUUUCGAUAGCUUCCACGACGAUUGGUGUCCAUGACGGAGCUCAGUUUGACAAGGUGAUGGAACUAUAUCAACUUUUCCAAGACCGCGGAUAUGAGCGGUUGCUCAGCAAUGAGCAAGUGAUCACGCCUUUGUUGUGUACGUUGAUAUACCAGUGCCGACGAUCACCACAAAGCAUGGAUAGUAUGCGACGCAAAGCCUUCCAAAUCUGGCGAACCAAGCAUGCGAUCGAUCAAAAGACAGAAGGAAAACAUCCGUCGACAGCCUACUCGAUCUUGUGGAUCCUGCUGGUGUUUUGCGUGCAUUCGGGCGAUAAAACGGACUUUGCUGAACUAUUGGUGACAUUGAGCAGUCAUUAUGUGGACAAUUUGCCGCCGACGUCGCUGCUGGCGCCCAUCCAACGAUUUCAUGACCGGUAUCUGUCGUGCUCGCACGGAUCAACCCCAUGCCAUUUUCACCAUUAUUUGUUUCGGCCCGUGGACAGCCCCGACAAAGACCCCUCCGGUUACAUGGACGACCUAGGUUUUGUCCGUGGCGACAGUCGACGAGCAUCUUCAGCGUCGUCCAUCGAUGUGACCAGUCUGCCAGAACCUAUUGCCCACAUGUAUGAGACUUUGCAUCGGCGAACCAACAUUCAUGACAUGGGCGCGGCGAGCAUGGAUGCCGCAGUAUCGUUCAGUCUAACAAAUCAUGGGCAGUGGGUGACCAAGCCUUUUUAUUGUCCUUUGAAUAAAGCGCAAGCCUUAAUACGACACUGUCUAGGUAGAAAAGAAAUCCACGACAGGGUAAAGUCUACCGUAGCAUAAAUAAAACACCUCAUUGUCCAUGUGAGACCAAUCCACG